UCUAACAACCGCAAAAAUUUUUAUUGAAUUUGUAGGACCCGGGCCCACUUGUGUGCCGUGGUCGCACUAAGGAGAUGGCAAACGUUCAGAUGGAAGAUAAUCGGGUGAUUGACAUUAUCAAAUUGCUAAGGUUGGAAGGAUUGUUUAGAGCCCCUUCCAAAGAGAUCGAUAAUUGCCUAAUAUCGGCCCUAGUUGAGCGAUGGCGGCCGGAGACUCAUACGUUUCAUCUUCCACAUGGUGAGAUGACAAUCACCCUACAAGAUGUGGAGGUAAUUUUCGGACUUCCUAUAGACGGUGAGGUCUUGGUUGGACCGACUGCUGUGGAGGAUGGGACUUGGAGGGAUGUGUGCGGGGAGUUGCUUGGAUUUACUCCGCCGAAUGACAAUAAAACUUUGGUGGGCCAAAGAAUUCUCAUCAGCCGACUUGUUGAGGCCAUUGCAGCACCACUGCCUGAGGACGCAACAGAGAUUCAGAUACACCGGUAUGCCCGGUGCUAUAUUUUAGCGCUAGUAGGGGAUAAACUUUUCAUGGACAAGUCAGGAGAUAGGGUGCAUCUGAUGUUCUUGGAGUUUAUGCGCAACCUUCGUGAUCCGCGGCAGUAUAGUUGGGGUAGUGGUUGCUUGGCCUGGUUAUACAGGGAGUUGUGUCGAGCAAGUGAGAAAGGCGCAUCGCAGAUUGGUGGGGCGUGCACCUUGGUCCAGUAUUGGGCAUGGGCAAGGUUGCCAUUCUUGUGCCCGAGGAUAGAGCCCCCACCUGGAUGUGAUUAUGGCCCAUGGCCAUAUGCUCCACUUGCAUUUAAGUGGGUGCGGGUGCGAAGCCCGAAGAGUAGGCCAGGUGGCACGGCCUUGAUCCGCUAUCGCGAGCAAUUAGUGACAAUGCAGCCAGACCAGAUUGUGUGGCAGCCAUAUGAGGCAGACUUCGGCCACCUUCCUGAGUUCUGCGUUGCAGGGAGGGAUACGUGGAUAGCCAGGGUGCCGCUUCUGUGUUUUUGCAUAGUAGAGAGACACUACCCGGACCGUGUCCUUCGACAGUUUGGGUUGGCGCAGCAGUAGCCU